GAGAGGAGAGAGCGGCGUUUAAACGAGCAGCCCGGCGGGACGCGCUCCCUGCCUCCCGAGUGCCCGUACCUUGCGGAGCACCCGGUCGAAGCCCUGCGACUCCAGCAUGUACUUCAUGGCCUCCCUCAGGGAUUCCACCGUCAACCCCAUGCUGCCACCCGGUCGAUCGCUGCCCGCCCGCGCCCCGGAACAGCAACGCCGGCGGGCGGUGCUUACCGCCGCCUUCCAACAUGGAGGAGACGGCGGCGGCAGAGGGGCGGCGGGAGGAGCUGGUCCAGGCAGCCCGGGACCCACCGCCGGCGGCGCGGGAGGAGGGUGAGGAUGAGGAGGCGCUGCACGUCGCCAAACGGAGGAAGGUGCUGUGCUCCGAGUUCUCCGCCAUCACCAGCAGCGACGUGGCGGUGGCGCGUAGCUUCUUGGCCGGCAGCGACUGGCACAUGGAGAGGGCGCUGAACGCCUACUUCGAAUCGCCGCUGGAGACGGAGGGGGCGGCAGGCGGGGCGGCCUCCGCGGACUCCGGCACCUGUAUUGACCUCACAGCAGAUGCAACUACUAGUAAUACCGGUGUCAAUAGUGCAGACCCAGAGCAAAAAGAAGAUGACAGUAACUUCUCACUGAUAACCUGGAACAUUGAUGGGCUGGAUCUAGGAAAUCUGAAAGAACGAGCUAGAGGGGUCUGUACGUACCUGGCAUUAUACAAUCCAGACGUUGUGUUUUUACAAGAGGUCAUCCCACCACAUCUCUGUCUUCUACAGAUGAAAGCAGGCAGUUACACUAUUAUUCCAGGUAACAUGGAUGAGUAUUUCACUGUCAUAAUGUUAAAGAAAUCCAGAGUGAAGCUACUGAAACAUGAGAUAAUACCUUUUCCAACAACUGCCAUGAAGAGGAACCUUUUGGUUGUGCAUGUGAGCAUAUCUGGUAAUGAACUUUGCCUUAUGACCUCUCAUCUGGAGAGCACUAAAGAUCACGCUAAGGAACGUACAAAGCAGCUGCAAAUAGUGUUAAACAGAAUGCAGGAGGAGUCUGAGUCCACCACUGUUAUAUUUGGAGGGGAUACAAACCUCAGAGACAGCGAGGUUGCUAAACUUGGUGACUUACCUAAAAAUGUUACGGAUAUCUGGGAGUUUUUGGGUAGACCACAACACUGCCGCUAUACUUGGGACACCCACUCCAAUACCAACCUAAAUGCACCAUACAAGUGCAAGAUGAGAUUUGACCGUGUUUACUUUCGGCCUGCAGUGGAAGGGGGAAAUAUUAUUCCUCGAAGUAUGGACUUAAUCGGCUUGGAAAAACUAGACUGUGGCAGAUUCCCUAGUGAUCACUGGGGUGUUUUGUGUAAUUUUGAUGUGAUAUUAUAAAAACGUAAAAAGGCUUGCAUCGUUAGUUUUUACAUGACUUAUUCUUGUUUUUACAAAAUUCUACCUUCUCAGUUUAAGUAGGGUGUAUUUAAAUUUUCAGCCCUAACAUAUGCUCUGCUCUUGACUUUGGCAGGAAUGGCUUCAUUUCAGGCUAGAGUUCCCUCUUCCUUAUUGUUUGCAUCUGCUCUUGAAUCACAUUUUUAAAUAUUUUUUUUUAAGAAUAUCCGCAAAUACUGAACCAAAUUCUAGUUUUAAAAUGGGAGGAGAAACCUGUAAAUACAAUUCACAAACAUACUCAGUGGUUUUAAAAGCACUUUUAUUUUGGCAUAUAUUAUGAUCUUAUAAUAAAACCUGCUUUUUUAUUUUAAAACUA